UCUGAAGCUCCUUUUUUAGAUACAAGAGAUAUCGUUGUGAAGAAUCAAAGGUCCGGUACGGAGAAGCCACCCAAGAUGUUAUCCACACCUAUCAAAGAUAGCCACUCCUCUUUCAUACUCCCAGGCCAAACAUGUCAACGUUUUACUCUUUCUGAGAUUGAAUCGGCAACCCAAAACUUCGAUGAGGCUUUAGUAAUUGGCCAGGGAGGAUUCGGCAAGGUGUAUAAAUGUUCCAAAACCGGGUCAAUGACCGAAGUUGCAGUCAAAUGAUUGCACUCCAUGUCCAAUCAAGGAGCCAAUGAAUUUGAGUCGGAAGUCAAGGUCCUCUCUAAGCUGCGACAUGGUAAUCUCGUAUCCUUAAUUGGUUAUUGCUAUGAAGAAAAAGAGAUGGUCCUCGUUUAUGAGUUCAUGCCAAAUGGAACACUUGAAGAUCAUCUUCUCUCAUCGGAUUCUUCUUUAUCCUGGUUACAACUACUGAAGAUAUGUGUAGGAGCAGCUCGAGGAUUAGACUAACUUCACACAGCUAAAAUUUCAGAUUUCGGAUUGGCUAAAGUUGGGGUAAUAGAUCAGACACGAACUCAUAUGAGCACAGCUGUGAAAGGGACAUUUGGGUAUAUGGAUCCAUGCUACUUCUACACCGGAAAAUUGACAAGAAAAUCCGAUGUUUAUGCAUUUGGGGUUGUAAUGUUUGAGGUAUUGUCUGGGAGAAAAGCGGUUGAUUCAACCCUUGAGGAAGACCAGUGGGGUUUGGCAAGUUGGGCUCAGCACAAAAUCAAAGAGGGAAAACUCAAUCGAAUUAUUGACCCGAGACUAAUCGGACAAAUCUCCAGAAAAUACUUGAAGGAGUUUGCAAGCGUAGCAGGCCAUUGUUUACACACCCAACCUAAACACCGCCCUACCAUGGCAGAGGUUAUGGUCACGCUCGAGUCUAUUCUUUCACAAGAAAGAGAAAGCGCCAAUUCGGUUGUUGAUGAUGAAGGAUUCAUUUACAAGGUAAAAUCUCUUUUCAUUGGGAAACUAGUUGUUGCUGCAAUUCGAAGCAAAUCUGAUUUCAUUGCGCAUCGUAAACCAAUAUUAGAUGAAGAUAAUGCUGCAAUACGAAAAAAUCCUUAUAAAAGUUCUAGAACUUUCUCAUAUGCUGAAUUGGUAAGUGAAACAAAUGGUUUUUGAGGACGAGGAACAUUCGCCAGAUUUUAAUGAAUCCAUUUUUAAAGGUUGGGUAGAUGAAAGUGAUGGGUUUUGGCCAUAUGAACAUUCCUAUGUGCACAUGCAAACCCUAAUGCUUGGAUCUAGGUUUCUCUAAUUAAACAUGCUUUGAAUCCAAGACUUCUAAUGACUAAUUAGGUAUAAGAACAAUACAAAAUCAGAUCUAGAAGUUUACCUUUGAAUCUCU